UUUAGUUUGUGAAGAAAAACAUUUCUAAUUACUCGUUGUAGUUGCCCUCAAACUGUCCUAUUAGCCAGGAUAAAUUUCUGUACAUGCACAUGGUCCUUACAAAAGUCUCCAAAGCUACAACCCAUGCUCACCUCUCCUUACUGCCUUGCUAUUCGGUGUCGUUCAGGGACUGUUUGGAAGAUCUUAGGAAUGCAAAAUGUAGGACCUCCUACUACCUUCCCAAUACUGUUCUGCAUUAUACCAAGAUCCAGGAAAGAUUUCGAAUUUGAGCAGCGUUACUUUGGCGGACUAUUCCCUGACCCAGGACACUUGCCGGCAAUGUUCCUCACUGACAAUGGCAAACAGGUGGGAAACGCCACUGGGGGUAGAAUAAAAACUUUGCCACUGAAGAACCUGGUGCGGCCUAGGAAUACCCGGAGUCCGCGCUCUGGCUUCCGGGACACGUGGGCCUGCGAGCGCGCCUGCGCCAGCCUGGGAGGGCGCUGUCUCACUUUUCCUAGGCCGCCGGCCAGAGCGGUUGGAGGCCUCGGGUUGCCUAGCCCUAGAAUUCUGAGGCUCCCUUCGGAUGAGAAUUGUGCCGCCAGGAAAUCUGGGUUACAGCACCGAGGCGGUCCAUGGCUUCAGAUAUAAGUCCUGCUCUUCAGACUAAAUAGAACGUUCCAGGAAGGAGUGAAGGAUGACACUCUCCGUAUAAUAGCUGCUCAAUAAACUUUUACCAAAGAUGAAAAGGAAUUCCAUAAAGAUACCACUAACCAAAAUAAUGGUGUUUGAUUUCACAGCAUAAAUUCUCCUUAAGGAGAAACUUACAGAUAUCCCAAAAUGACUGAGAUUGAACAGGCAGAGGCCCAGCUCUCUGAGUUAGACCUGCUGGCCAGUAUGUUCCCUGGCGAGAAUGAGCUCAUAGUGAAUGACCAGCUGGCUUUAGCAGAACUGAAAGAUUGUAUUGAAAAGAGGACAAUGGAAGGGCGAUCUUCAAAAGUUUACUUUACAAUCAAUAUGAACCUGGAUAUAUCUGAGGAAGCAAUGGUGACGUUUUCUCUGGCGUGUAUACUUCCCUUUAAAUACCCUGCAGUUCUGCCUGAAAUUACUGUCAGAUCAGUAUUAUUAAGUAGAUCCCAGCAGGCUCAGCUGAAUACAGAUCUGACCACAUACCUACAGAAGAACUGUCUCGGGGAUGUCUGUAUUUUGAAUGCCACUGAGUGGGUUAGAGAACACGCUUCUGGCUAUGUCAGCAAAGACACCACACCUGCCCCCGCUCCAGGAAGUACAGGCCAGCCAGUUGACCUCAUUUUCACGAGACUGUGGAUCUACAGCCAUCACAUCUACAACAAAUGCAAGAGAAAGAAUAUUCUAGAGUGGGCAAAGGAGCUUUCCCUGUCUGGGUUUAGCAUGCCUGGGAAGCCUGGUGUUGUUUGUGUGGAAGGCCCACAAAGUGCCUGUGAAGAAUUCUGGUCCAGACUCAGAAAAUUAAACUGGAAGAGAAUUUUAAUUCGCCAUCGAGAAGACAUUCCUUUCGAUGGUACAAAUGAGGAAAUGGAGAGACAAAGAAAAUUUGCAGUUUUUGAAGAAAAAGUGUUCAGUGUUAAUGGAGCCAGAGGAAACCACAUGGACUUUGGUCAGCUGUAUCAGUUUUUGAAUGCCAAAGGAUGCGGGGAUGUUUUCCAGAUGUUCUUUGGUGUGGAAGGACAGUGAGCAGAAGGAUAUUUGAAAGUGUUUUGUCACUGUUAGUCUUUUGACUUUUUGCCCACUCCUCCUUGAAACAUUAGGUAAUUUUACUUUAGUCCCAUUCUAGAAUGUUAGGGGGAAAGAAAGAGGAAAAGUAUAUUUCAGUAUAGCCGAAAUGCAUCUGUUAAAACUCUGUCAUGAUUGAAUGCAGACCUGAGUUUUAAAUUAUAGUCUUAAAAUUGUUGCUAGAAAUUUCUUGACAUGGAGUUCCUAUUGCGGUUCAACGGGUUAAGAGCCCAAUUAGAAUCCAUGAGGAUGCAGGUUCAAUCCCUGGCCUCGCUCAGUGGGUUAAUGAUGAAGCUUUGCUACAUGCUACAGUGUAGUUCGAAGAUGUGGCUCUGAUCUGGCAUUGCUGUGGCUGUGGUGGGCAGCAACGGCUCCAAAUCCACCCCUAGCCUGGGAACUUCCAUAUGCCAUGGGUACAGCCC